CAGUUGUCUCUACUCUGAACAACCAAAGCAUGAGCGUUCCCCGCCUUCACGAACACAAAAAGUGAGAAGAAAGAAAAAAAAAUUCCAACUUCAAACAAUCCUCCCACUAAACGACACCGUUUGCGAAAUUUCCAUUUCGUUCAUCGAUGCAUCUUCUCAACCAAUCCCAAACAACAGAACAAUCACAAUCACAAUCACAUUUACACUCGCAAUGGUUCACAGUGCCUACGAUUCCUUCGAGCUUCUCACAAAUUCUCCAUCCAAAAUCGAAUCCAUCGAAUCCUACGCUUCUAAAAUCCUCUUAGGAUGCACUGACGGAUCUCUCCUCGUUUACGCGCCGGCAUCGGAGGAAAUGCGGAAUGAAACAUAUACAUUAGAGAGAAACCUAAAAGGAUUUGCGAGAAGGCCUGUGAUUUCAAUGCUGGUGGUGGAAUCGAGAGAGCUUCUUCUCUCGCUAUCGGAAUCCAUCGCGUUUCAUAAGCUUUCUACAUUUCAAACCAUUGCUGUUAUUACUAAGGCGAAAGGUGCUCAUGCUUUUUGCUGGGAUGAACAGAGAGGUUUAUUGUGCUUUGCUAGACAGAAGCGAGUGUGUAUCUUUAGACACGACGGUGGUAGAGGGUUUGUGGAGAUGAAAGACUUUGGUGUUCCUGAUGUGGUGAAGUCAAUGAGUUGGUGUGGUGUGAAUAUAUGUCUGGGGAUUAGAAAAGAGUAUGUGAUUCUGAAUGCUACAAAUGGUGCAAUAUCUGAAGUUUUUACUUCUGGGAGGAUAGCACCACCUUUGGUGGUAUCACUUCCUUCUGGAGAGCUCCUUCUGGGCAAGGAGAAUAUUGGUGUCAUUGUGGACCAAAAUGGAAAACUUCGUCCAGAUGGUAGGAUUUGUUGGUCAGAGGCCCCAUCAGAAGUCGUAAUUCAGAAGCCAUAUGCUUUAGCCCUGCUGCCAAGAUUUGUGGAGAUUCGAUCUCUCCGAGCUCCAUAUCCAUUGAUACAAACAAUAGUUUUUCGAAACAUUCGCCAUCUUCGCCAGAGCCAUAACUCAGUGAUCAUUGCUUUAGAAAAUUCUGUGCAUGGCCUCUUUCCUGUUCCUGUUGGAGCCCAGAUUGUCCAAUUAACAGCCGCAGGUAACUUUGAAGAAGCUUUGUCAUUGUGCAAGCUCCUUCCACCCGAAGAUUCAAAUCUUCGUGCUGCAAAGGAGGGUUCAAUUCAUAUAAGAUAUGCCCACUAUCUUUUUGACAACGACAGCUAUGAGGAGUCAAUGGAGCAUUUCCUAGCAUCUCAAGUAGAUAUAACUCAUGUGCUUUCUCUGUACACAUCCAUUAUCCUUCCGAAGACAACUAUUGUUCAUGAUCCAGAUAAAUUGGACAUUUUUGGGGAUGCUAUGCCUCUCUCCAGAGGUUCUUCGGCUAUGUCUGAUGAUAUGGAACCCUCUCCAGAAUUGGAUGACAAUGCAGAACUUGAAUCAAAAAAAAUGAGCCAUAAUAUGCUUAUGGCUCUCAUAAAAUAUUUGCAGAAGAAGAGACCUAGUAUUAUUGAGAAGGCCACAGCAGAAGUAACUGAGGAAGUUGUUUUUGAUGCAGUUGGUAAUAACUUUGCAUCCAAUAACAGUAAUAGGUUUAAGAAAAUAAACAAGGGGCGUGGUAGUGCACCUGUUAGUUCGGGAGCUCGGGAGAUGGCUUCAGUAUUGGAUACUGCUCUACUCCAAGCAUUGCUUCUAACUGGACAACCUUCUAUGGCUGAAAAUUUGUUGAGAGGUCUUAACUACUGUGAUUUGAAAAUAUGUGAAGAGAUGCUUCAAGAAGGCAGUUAUCAUGUUGCUUUAGUAGAACUUUACAAGUGCAACUCCAUGCACCGGGAAGCCCUUGAACUUAUUGAUAAAUUGGUGAAAGAAUCAAAGUCUAGCCAAUCUAAGAUUGUACAUAGAUUCAAUCCCGAGGCCAUCAUCGAGUACCUCAAGCCACUUUGUGAAACAGACCCAACACUUGCUCUAGAGUACUCCAUGCUUGUUCUUGAAAGCUGCCCAACCCAAACUAUACAGCUCUUUUUGUCUGGAAAUAUUCCAGCAGAUAUGGUUAACUUAUAUUUGAAGCAACAUGCUCCAAACUUGCAAGCCACAUACUUGGAGCUCGUGCUUUCAACGAAUGAGGAUGCUGUCUCUGGAACAUUGCAAAAUGAAAUGGUACAUAUCUAUCUUUCUGAAGUACUUGAUUGGCAUGCUGAUUUAAGUUCUCAACAUCAAUGGGACGAAAAGGUUUAUUCCCCUAAAAGGAAAAAAUUAUUGUCUGCCUUGGAGAGUAUAUCAGGAUAUAAUCCAGAAACUCUGCUUAAACUUCUUCCGUCAGAUGCUUUAUACGAAGAGCGGGCAAUAUUGUUUGGAAAAAUGAACCAGCAUGAACUAGCAUUAUCUUUGUAUGUUCAUAAGCUUCAUGUUCCAGAACUGGCAUUGUCAUAUUGUGAUCAUGUGUAUGAUUCUACCCAUAAGCCUUCUGUAAAAUCUCCCAGCAACAUAUACUUGAUGCUUCUGCAAAUCUAUUUGAAUCCACGGAGGACGACUGUGAACUAUGAAAAGAAAAUUUCAAAUAUAUUAUCCCCACAGAGUAAAUCCCUUCGAAGGGUUGCUUCAAAAUCAUUAUCAAGAACUAGAAGUCGAGGAUCAAGGAAAAUUGCUGCAAUAGAGAUUGCAGAGGACACAAAAACUAGUCUGACUAGCGACAGUGGUAGGAGUGAUGCUGACAUGGAUGAAUUUAUUGAGGAAGGAAGUACUUCUAUCAUGCUUGAUGAGGCCCUCGAUUUGUUAAGUCGCAGGUGGGAUAGAAUCAAUGGAGCCCAAGCCCUUAAACUCCUACCAAAAGAGACCAAAUUGCAGAACUUGCUUCCAUUUCUUGGACCCCUUGUGAGAAAAUCUAGUGAAAUGUACCGUAAUUGCUCAAUUGUCAGGAGCUUGAGACAGAGUGAGAACCUUCAGGUGAAAGAUGAACUCUACAGUAAGAGAAAAGAAGUUAUAAAGAUUAGUGGUGAUAACAUGUGCUCCUUGUGCAAUAAGAAAAUAGGGACUAGUGUUUUUGCAGUUUAUCCGAAUGGGAAAACUCUAGUGCAUUUUGUCUGUUUCAGAGAUUCUCAAAGUAUGAAAGCUGUCGCCAAAGGGUCUCCGUGCAAAAAGGCAUUUUAAAAAGAGUUAUACUAUUCAGACACAAGUUUCUGGACACCGUAUCCUAACAUGGUACCAAAUACAUAAGGAUGGGGUGUGUUUGCAGACCAAGGUGAGAGAAAAUAUUAUUAAAAAAGACCAAAAGUGUACGCCGGCCGUAUUGUUAUACAGUGUCAGUGGUAUGAUUUGUGUUUUCAAAUCAUUUCUGCUUUGAAAAUGGGUAUUGAAAUGAAAAGUUGAGGUGAAUAUGCUUAAGAGAUCAGCUUGUACUAGUUUGAACUUUUUAGCUUGUAAAUGUUGGUUUGUUUUUUUGGUUAAAUAUAAGCAUUAAAAGGGAAUAGAUAUUUUUCUCUCCUUUCACCCAGUUUUUUUCUAAAGUAAGUUUAGUGUGUGUUUGGUUCUACGGCGACAAAAAUUGAUUUUAUUAUAAAUAAGUUGAAUGUAAAAUGAUUUUUAUAUAUAUAUAAAGUGAGUUGAAGUUUGAGUGUAAAAA